AUCUCCUACUAAUACUCGACUGAGUUUUAAAAAUAAGGAAAACAAUGGAGGUCUUCAAAAGCAUCGCGAAGACUUCGAGUUCUUUCUUUGUUGUAUGCAUUUUGCUUCUCUUUGCAAAUGCAGCAUCUGAGAAAACUCACUACCAUGAUUUUGUUAUUCAAGCAACACCGGUGAAGAGGCUAUGCAAUACACGUAACACCAUCACGGUGAAUGGACAAUUUCCUGGACCAACAUUGGAAGUAAACAACGGAGAUACUCUAGUGGUUAACGUUGUUAACAGAGCUCAGUACAAUGUCACCAUUCACUAGCACGGGGUUAGGCAAAUCAGAACAGGAUGGGCCGAUGGGCCUGAAUUUAUCACUCAGUGCCCAAUUAGACCAGGAAAGAAUUACACUCACCGGUUUAUCAUUCAAGGACAGGAAGGGACUCUUUGGUGGCACGCCCACAGCUCAUGGCUCAGGGUAACUGUUUAUGGAGCUUUAAUUAUCCACCCAAAAGCAGGAGAAAGCUAUCCAUUUCCUACGCCCAAAAGAGAAACGCCAGUUCUGCUUGGUACUACUUAUACCUUCUCUUUAUACCAGAAGCUUAGAAAGAAAAUGCUACUACAACUGUGUAGAAUUACUUGAUCUUACUUGAUACUGUAUUCAUAUCACCAUUAAUGAAGGUAAUUGAGAGCUCAAAGAAGAAGGAAAGGAGAAUCAGUUAGGGAGGAUUGAAACAGAGAAAACUAACAUCUCAUUGAACAAAAAUGACUAACUGCUCUGAUUACAAUUUGUACAGGUUUAUACUAUCCUAACUAACUCUUAACAGUUUACUGGUUUAACUUACACCACUUCCUAUACAGCUGUCAUCUAGUCAGCACCAACUCUAGGUAAUCUUCUUAGCAGCUUAACAAACUGCAUUUGCUCAUGUUCUCUUUUCCUUUACAAACUUCUCUGCACAUAUAAUUUGGCAAUUUUGAUCAGGUGACUAGUGGAAUGCAAAUCCUAUUGAUGUUGUAAGACAAGCUACAAGAACAGGAGCAGCUCCGAAUGUAUCAGAUGCUUACACCAUCAAUGGUCAACCGGGUGACCUCUACGCAGGAAGUCCUGUUUUAAAGCAUAUGUUCAAGGAAAGCAACAAGGCAAAAGAUGAGUAGCAAAUCAUGGAAGUAAUUGGAAGUUUUAAAUGUUCUAUGAUGUACCCUGGUUUUUGUUUUAUCAUCUUACGGACAUGAUUGUCUCUCUGAUACUUGUAUCCCAGACAAAUCAAGCUAUGUAAUAUAAACUUUAGUAAUAAAUGAAAAUGCAAAUUUUGUGUAAGCAAUGCUGCAUAGAUACUAAUGAAACUUACUGAUUACAAGCACCGCAAAAGAUGUGUUUUACAACCAUCCCCUGUGAAAAAAGAAAAAAACAUAUCCAGUCAGCUUAUACUCCAAAAAAAAAAAAAAAAAGAUCAAAAACAACCCGCUACCUAUUAAAGAACAAAAAGAGAUACGGAUUCCAGGCUUUGAACAAAAAGGCCCUACGAAACAGAGAUAAAGAACAUUGGUGAAUUCGUGGUGGACGAGUUAUCCCACCUAUUCUGGUGUGAUGUAGUAGGUACCGGAUAGAACAAUCGUUUUUGUUCAAGAAUUCAAGAAAAGAUUCCAAUAAAGACCUCUUUACCCAUAUCAUAAUUCUACAUUAUCAUUCAUGAAA